AUGGAGCCCUUCGGUAGAUACUCGUCGCAGAGCUACGCUCCCUCCGCUCCUCCCUUGCCACCGGAGCAGCAGCAGUCGCCAUCGCCAUCCCAGCAGCAGAAGCUCGAGCGUUUCUUGUCGUCAUCUUCGGGGCUCUCGUACGGCGAGCUUCCACGGCCAUCUCCGGCCGCGUCCUCCGGCGCGUACUACGGCUAUGGGGCUGUCCCCGGGGCGGGUGGCGGCAGUGUCGGUGGGGGUUGCUAUUUCCCGCCGGGGAUGCAUCCGUGGAUCAUACAAUGCUUCCAGGCUGUCGACCGUGACGGGAGUGGUUUCAUAGACGAGAUGGAGCUGCAGUCCGCUCUGUCGCAGGGGAACCAGAAAUUUGGCCUCCGGACGGUUCGCCUGCUCAUGUUCCUCUUCAUGGACCAUAGAUUCCCUUCCAAAAUCGGUGAGCACUUGCAGAACGCAUUUUAUUCUUGGAUCCACUUGUAGAAAAUGUUGAUUCGGCAUAAUUCAAAGGAGAAGGGGUGAAACAACUUAUUGAAAAACAUUACAACAGCAACUGGAUGUACUGUUACCGUAGGGUAAUGCUACUGGUUCCAUAACCCUACGAGUGGCACACUCGAUUGGAUGCAAUGGAGAUGCCAUGAGGAGUAACUACCUUCCGCCACAACAUUGCAACCUAAAGAUGAAUAAUCAGAGAACCACACGCAAAACGAAAAACUAGACGUGGGAGAAAGGGUGCUCAAGCUAAUGUGAUAUACUGAUCCUCGCGUGUAUUAUUAAUUGCAUCGCUAACGACCUUGCGAGUAUCAGAAAUUCACUGACUAAAGAUGUAAUUGGCUGAUCAUUAAAAACACUGCCUAAUGAUAUACUGUCAAUUUUGCUGUUGGAGAACACUGGGACACAUUACGGUUGGCUUUUCGCAUUUCUACCUCGCAGGAACUUCUUAUUUCCUAUAUCUUAUUUGCAUGCAUGGGAUACCAUCUGAUUGUUUUUACUCUUCGAUUUGACAACAAAAAAAUCAGUUUUAUUCAGGCAGCGUGUUCUGCUGACAUUAUCUUGCACUCAUCUUUCUUUCUAAUAUCCAGAACUCGUUUGGUGACACGGUGUUCAAUUUUUUGGUCAGAUAAUAUAUCUGACUUUCUUAGAAAGAAGUUAUUCAGCCUUAUUACAUUCUAUUCUUCAUGGAGUCCUCUGAGGCUGAUUUUCACUUUGUUUUGUGCUAGGACCCACCGAGUUUGCAGCAAUAUGGGAUUGUAUUGGAAAAUGGCGGGUAAGUACCACAAUUAAUCAGGAUAUCUCUGUGUAACAUCGUGAGAAUGCAUCUGCAUUCCGGCACUUUCAUCAAAAGAAAUUGCAUGUGUCAUGCCACGAAUAAUAUCAAGAGUCAUAUUCAGAGUAUGGAUCUGUAAUAUGUACGGCUGUACAUUUAUAGAAGCAUUGUCAAAGCACUUUGGUUUAGUUUUUCUGGUCAUUUCAAAGCAGUGUACGCACUAACUGAUCACAUCUGCGUGUAAAAUAUUUCUUAACACCAUUUUGGUUUCGUAUGGCCAGAGAAUGCCCAGUGACUCAACGAAUCCUUGGAAAUGCUUGUGAUAUUUGCAGGAACUGAAUGUUCCUUUGAUUUGACCAUUUCUGUGUGUGACACAGUGUUUGAUUUAUAUAUUCCAACGGGAUGCACAUUUUUGGAAAUGAGCAGCUCUAAAAGAAUAUUACUUUAGGAGCACCCCGGACAUAAUUGUGGUUCAUGAGCAUUAUGCUUUAUUGUGCCUCCCAAAAUUCGUCUGUGAGAGAGGUCAUUAGUGCUUCAUUCAUGUGACUAUUGCAGACAAUACUACUGUUCAUUAGCCAAUCAAAUACGGCAUGGGGUUCAAGGUUGUUCAAUCGAACGUUUUCCCAUAGGAUGUUGUUAAGAACAAUAGUACUUAAUUUGAGUAGACGUAGACAUUUAUUUAGAAGCCAAGAUCUAUUGAAAUUGUGUAUCCUAAUAAAUGAUAUAGCUCAGGAACUGAAGUACGUUUGAGAGUAUGAAACAUAAAUUCGAGAAGAAAAUUACAUAGUAAUACCUGGAUAACUGAAUUAUGUUGCCAUAUAACUGUGACUUAAAUCUUAACGAGUCAACAAAGGCUGUGAAAAUCUAUUGGAGGAGAAAUGCUUUGACGGUACUGUUUGUGUUGUUUCUGCUACGUCAAAGGCAGCCUUUGCUUGCUGUUCUCCUGCUCACUUCGAAUUAUUCGUUUGUUUUGAAUAAUUAUAUUGAUUUUCCUUCCCCGUUCCCACUAGAACAGACGAAAGAAAAUUGCUUACUUGUUAAUUGUGCUAUUACUCCCACUCUCUCCCCCUCUCUUGCAUUUAUGGGUAUGCUUGUGUGUGUGUGUGUGUGUGUGUGUGUGUGUGUGUGUGUGUGUGUGUUUGUACCUGACACAUGCGUGCGCUGAUGGGAGCUCAUACCCUGCUGCCCAUUAAUUCAAUCUUAGAGCUUGAUUUCUCCGGUUUCUCAUCUGUGGUUUUGGUUUUGGAAAAUAAAGUCCAUUACAAAUUAGCAUCAACUUUGUUCUACUGCCUUUUCACACAUGAUCUCAUCUUGGCGCCACUUUGAAGAGCCAACGUUUGUCUUCCUGAAAGUCAUUUUUUUUUAGUAUUAUGUAAGCAAUGAAGCCGAAGGUAUGGAAUUAUCUCGCACUUCAUCUUAAGCUAUCGUGAUUCUAUCAGCUGGAUCACCAUUCGACUAUGAACCACGAGUAAGCAUGUGCUUUCAUUUGAUUUGACGGCCGGAUUCCUUUUCUUUAGAUGACGACGAGUUUGUUCUAUUAACCAUUUAAAGGCUUGAUUCUUCUGAUGGUUAUCAUGCUGAUGCUCAAGACACUUCAUCCACUAGUAGAUUGCAACGUCUCUUCAAAUCUCCUAACGUCUUUAUCGUUGCUUCCUCUUCCGAUGCCUGCAGGCCACCUUUGAAAGAUUUGAUGGGGAUCGGAGUGGAGAAAUAGACUCCAGAGAACUACGAGAUGCCCUGCUUAGUUUAGGCUACGCUGUGCCAGACUCCGUCAUUCAAGUUAUCCUGUCCAAGUACAAAAGCAGUAGCCGUCAAGGGGGCGCUGCUCUUAAUUUUGAUAGCUUUGUCGAGUAAGUGACUCAACUGCUGCAUUGAUUGCGAUUUCUUUUCGAAUGGCCGUCCCUGACGUUCCCUAGAUUCUUCUCUGCUCAGGUGUGGGAUGAUCGUAAAGGUACGCAGAAGCUCUCCUCAUGCAUGCCAUCAUCUCUCAUAACUAUUCACAGAAGACUCGUCUUCUGUUCCUCAAUGCUUGCACCUAUAGCUUCGUUGCUCGGGUCCCUACUUGCAGGGGUUGACCGAAAGAUUCAAGGAGAAGGAUCCGCAGUGCACAGGUUCUGCGAAGCUCACCUACGACGCCUUCAUGUCCAUGGUCGUCCCCUUCAUUGUCCCGUAG